AUGAUCGGAGAGGCGGUUAGGAAUCGGCGGAUAUCUCCUCUGUUAGUCGGUAGGGAUAAAAUAGAGCUAUCACACUUACAAUUUGCUGAUAACACUAUUUUAUUCUGUCCACCGGAGGAGGAGACUGUCAAGAACUAUAAGAGGCUUCUGAGGUGUUUUGAAAUGAUGUCUGGGUUGAGCAUCAACUUCGAGAAGUCUAACUUGAUACCAGUGAACUGCAGCCAGGAGUGGAUCAACCGGAUGUGUCAGCUAUUAGGCUGUCAGGAGGCAGCUCUGCCGGUGCGGUACCUUGGCAUUAACCUAGGAGCGAAUUCGCGGUUGGUAAAAACUUGGAAACCGGUGAUUGAUAAGGUGGAAGAGAAACUCAGCUUGUGGAAAGCAAAGGUUCUUAGCAAGGCUGGAAAGCUGGUACUUAUCAAGUCAGUUAUCAACAGCCUGCCCAUUUACUACCUGAGUUUGUACAAGAUGCCAAACGCGGUUGCACAGAGAAUUAUUUACUACAUGAGUUCGUACAAGAUGCCAAACGUGGUUGCACGGAGAAUUAUCUCUAUGUAG